AUCAUCGCGGAUCCCAUCCGCCAGUACCGAUCUGAGGACGCGCAACUGAUCCGGUGACCUGGCUGUUAUGAUCCUCUUCCUCUCUCCACCGCGGCUGUCGAGAUGGUUCUGAAAGGGAUUCCCGCGGUGCUGUCUCCAGAGCUGCUCUACGCUCUCGCUAAGAUGGGCCACGGGGAUGAACUGGUUCUGGCCGAUGUCAACUUCCCGGUGUCUUCUGUGUGUGGUCACGGUCCAAAGGAGAUAAGGGCUGACGGUCUGGGAAUCCCUCUACUUUUAGAAGCCAUUUUGAAACUUUUCCCUCUCGAUACUUUUGUUUCCUCUCCGGCUGCAGUGAUGGCCCUGGUUGAGGCAGACGUUAGGAGCGGUCUGGAAGUCCCUGUAUGGGGACGUUACAGCCAUCUUGUGAAUCAGGUUUUGCAGGAGCCGAAAUCCCUUGAACAAGUUGAGAUAUCCGCCUUCUAUCAGCGUGCUAAGAAAGCGUUUGCUGUUGUUGCAACAGGUGAGACGUCUCACUACGGUAACCUGAUCUUGAAGAAGGGCAUCAUCCCGGCCGACCAACUGACGAAGUGAACGAGAAGCGUACGAGAUGAUCGCUCUGUCUUACCGCUUCUCUGUCUUACCGCUUCGCUGUCUUACUGCUUCUCUGUCUUACUGCUUCGCUGUCUUACUGCUGCUCGGUCUUACUGCUUCGCUGUCUUACUGGUGCUCUGUCUUACUGCUGCUCUGACUUACAGCUGCUCUGUCUUACUGCUGCUCUGACUUACAGCUGCUCUGUCUUACUGCUGCUCUGUCUUACUGCUGCUCUGACUUACAGCUGCUCUGUCUUACUGCUGCUCUGUCUCACAUGCUGCUUUGUCUUACAGCUACCCAUCCCUUUCUUUGUGUGUCUGAGGAAGAUUGAUUUGAUUUUUCGUUGUCUGUGAUUGUGACAGUGAAUAUAUAUCUUUAUAAUAAAGGUGAAAUACAAUAUGAGUUGAAGGAAUUGUUAUUUAUAAAUAAAAAACCGUUAACGCGGAAAACAUCUUGUAUCUGAU